AUUGAAAACGAGAACGUAAAUGCAUUUCACAUGUUAGUUUCAUAUACUGCUAGAGUUAUUUGAGAGACAUAUUACUAAAUGAGAUUUACUCUGAAAAGCCUAAUAUGUUUGCUGAAAUAUCCAUUACUAAAAACCAUUAUAUAAGGUCUAUAGAUGUUUUCAUUACCACUGAGCAGAAAACGGGAAUAUACUGCAAUAACAUCGGGACAAGCUUAGAGAGAAACGCUUUGAACUCAAUAAAACGCUUUGAACUUGCAAUAAGAGGUCUAUUUCUGAGCCAAUAUGCAAUGGCUGAAAGAAUUAAGCUUUUCCGACCGUAAUCAUUGGUAAUGCCCAGUGAUAGACUUAUUGAGAAAUUCUUCGACCGCCGAACAUAAACAAUUCUGGAACGACUUCCAUUAACGGUUAAGUUGGGACCUAGGUUUUUUUCUUGUCAUCUCAGAAUCUGAGGGAAAAUGGAGAGACAUAAGCACGUUUUACCGGGACAACACGUCUACAAAGGACGUUUAUUUUUCGGUUUUUCGCCACCGGAUGUUCUAGAUGCGGUCAAAGAUUUUGACGUCAGAGAUGAUGACGUUUUUAUUGUGACGUUCCCAAAAGCAGGAACAACUUGGCUUCAAGAAAUCGUAUGGCUGAUUGUGAACGAUGGAGACACCCAAAAGGCAAAAGGGGAGCAAGUAUACUUUCGGUCGCCUUUUCUGGAAUUUAAAGACCUGGUGCUAAACGAAGUAGGACUAGAACUGGCGAAACCCAUGCCCUCCCCACGGGUCAUAAAAACUCAUCUCCCAGUGGAUCUGGCCCCCACUGGGAUCUUCAAAACCAAAUGCAAAAAGUUAGUCCUGUUCCGGAAUCCGAAGGAUCUGUGCGUCUCCUAUUUCCACUUUUAUCGUUCCAGCUCGUCUUUUGGAAACUUCCAAGGAAGUUGGCCAGAGUUUCUGGAAAUGUUUCUAGAUGGACAUGUUGAUCAUGGUUCUUGGUUUGAUUUCACAAAAGGAUGGUGGGAAAAGAGGGAUAACUCUGAUGUUCGUAUUUUGUUUUAUGAGGACAUGAAAAAGGAUCUUAAAAAUGAAAUUAAGAAGAUAAGCUCCUUUCUCGAUAAGAACGACAUACCAGACGAAAUAGUGGAUAAAAUAGCCAACCACUGCUGCUUUGAGAGCAUGCGCACCAACCCUAUGACAAAUCACCACGACGUAUAUUCCAUUAAUAAAGAGAUUUCACCUUUACUGCGAAAAGGGAUGGUUGGAGAUUGGAAAUCUCAUUUCACUGUCGAACAGUCGGAAUAUUUCGACACAGUUUACGUCGAGAAAAUGGAGAGAAUCGACAUACCUUUUCAAUACCAGCUUUAA